AUGAGAGAAUAUGAAUUCCCAUGUUGUGAGCUAAACUUUUGGGUGUUUUUUAUUAUAUGUUUGGUGCUUGUGGCACUUGCAGGUAUUGCAUCUGGCCUAGCUUUAGGACUAUUGUCAUUCAGCCAUGUUGAUCUUGAGGUUCUUAUUAAGGCAGGUCGUCCAAAAGACAGAAAGAAUGCAGAAAGGAUUCAACCUUUGGUAAAGAAUGGACAUUUUGUCCUGUGUACCCUUCUUCUAGGAAAAUCACUGGCUAUGGAGGCCCUGCCAAUUUUUAUGGACUCAAUCAUCCCAACUUGGUUUACUAUUCUCAUGUCGGCACCCUUGGUGACUGUGUUUGCAGAGAUUUUACCUCAAGCCAUAUGCUCUAGAUAUGGAUUAACUUUAGGAGCAAUAAUGGCUCCCUUUGUUCAACUGCUUCUGCUGAUCUUCUUCCCUGUAACCUAUCCAGCUAGUAAGUUGUUGGAUUGUGUUCUAGGGAAAGAGCAUUCAGUUCUUCUGAGAAGAUCAGAGUUGAAGACAUUUGUGGAUUUGCAUGCAAAUGAGGCAGGGAAAGGUGGAGAGUUGUCCCAUCAUGAAACUUCUAUAAUCACAGGUGCUAUGGAUUUGACUCAAAAGACAGCUAAAGAUGCAAUGACCCCCAUUUCUGAAACUUUUUCUCUUGAUAUAAAUUCCAAACUUGACAUGCAUACAAUGACACAAAUAAUGAGCAAAGGUCACAGUCGCAUACCUAUACAUUCUGGACAUCCAACAAAUAUUAUUGGCCUCAUCUUGGUUAAAAAUUUAAUAUUCUGCCGCCCAGAAGAUGAGACCCCAAUCAAGAAUUUGAUUAUCAGAAAAAUUCCUAGGGUUUAUGAAAGUUGGCCACUAUAUGAGAUAAUGAAUCAAUUCCAGAAAGGUCAUAGCCAUAUGGCUAUUGUAUUGAAAUCCAACAAGGACACAGUGAGCACUGCAGCUCAAGCUGGGGGUACACCUACCUUUUUGAAUAGAAGCUUUAUUCAUGAAUCCACUGUAUGCUCCAGUGACGCAGAAUUUCAUAGUCCAACAUUAAAAAAUGUCAUGGAACUAGAGAAUGAAUUAAGUCAAGAAUCCAGCCAGUGGGAGCAAGAAAAUGAAUAUUUCUCACAAGAACAAAUAGAGUCUCUUCCAGCUGUUCUGGAUGAGGAGGUGAUUGGCAUCAUCACAAUGGAAGAUGUUAUGGAGGAACUGUUACAGGGAGACAUAUUGGAUGAAACUGAUAAAUAUGUUCACGUUCAAAAGAACAUUAGAAUUAACCUGCUGCAAUCAGUAAAGUCACAAUCAAGAUCAUCAAGGAGAGCUUCUGGUUCUGGUCGUUGUUAA